GUUCCCUUUAUCUAAUAUUAGGUUUUGGUUGAAUAUCCGAUAACAUUCAGUAUCAAAGAUAUGUAACAAUCAGAAAGGGGACAAAUCCACUGUGUUUCUCCAGCCAACACUCCCAGGUGAAGGAUUCGUCUCAGCCGCUAGGUGGGGGAGGCGGGAGAGAGAUGGAGGUGGGCGGGGAGGAGGGAGGAGAAGGGGAGGUGACACUGCGUUAUGAGAGAGACCUGGUCCACAAACUGAAGCUGCUCCGACACGAGCUGUCACUACAGCAACCACAGGCCGGACACUGUCGCAUAGAGGUCUCACGAGACGAGAUCUUUGAGGAGUCUUAUCGUCAGAUCAUGAAGAUGAGACCCAAGGAUCUGAAGAAACGACUGAUGGUGAAGUUUAGAGGAGAGGAAGGACUGGACUACGGAGGAGUGGCAAGGUGACAGUCUGUUGUACAAACGUUGGAUUGUGGUUAU